AUGAGUGCAGCUUUUCAGCCGUCUCUCAUGAUGAUGCCGCGCCCUUUGGGAAGCAGCACUGCCUUCAGCAUAGACUCGCUCAUCGGCAGCCCGCCUCAGCCCAGCCCGGGCCACUUCGUCUACACAGGCUACCCUAUGUUCAUGCCCUACAGACCAGUAGUCCUGCCGCCUCCUCCACCACCACCGGCCGCCAUGCCCCAGACAAGUCUGCCGCCCUCACACCAUCACCAGAUUUCCAGCCUACCCACCAGUUUUUGCUCCAGUCUGGCACAGGGCAUGGCUUUAACUUCCACCCUCAUGGCCACCCUGCCGGGCACAUUCUCGGCUUCCCCGCAGCACCAAGAGGCGGCGAGAAAGUUUGCACCACAAGCUCUCCAGGGCAGUUUUGACAAGGUGGAUGCCAUUCAGGCAGAAGCUGAAGACGGCAAGGCAUUCUUGGCCAAGGAGGGCUCACUACUGGCCUUCUCUGCCUCCGAAGCAGUGCAGGCUUCUCUCGGCACCACACGAGCAGCCUCAGGAAAAGAAGACGCCAAAGCGGAGGACGAUUCGAAAGGCAAAGAGGAAAGUUUCUCGCUGGACAGCGAUCUCGAUUAUAGCUCCGACGAUAAUCUGCCGGGCCAAUCGGCGCACAAGGAAGACGAUACUGGCAACGGCCUGGAGGAGAGCAGUCAGAACUCGGCGAACCCAAACAGUACCACUUCAACGGGAAAAAACCGCCGCCGGCGAACUGCCUUCACCAGCGAGCAGCUGCUGGAACUAGAAAAGGAAUUCCACUGCAAGAAAUACCUUUCUUUGACCGAGCGAUCCCAGAUUGCGCACGCCCUCAAACUCAGCGAAGUGCAGGUCAAAAUCUGGUUCCAAAACAGGAGGGCCAAGUGGAAACGGGUGAAGGCGGGAAAUGCCAAUUCUAAGACCGGGGAGCCGUCCCGAAACCCCAAGAUUGUGGUGCCUAUCCCAGUGCACGUUAGCCGGUUCGCAAUCCGGAGCCAGCACCAACAACUGGAGCAGGCCAGGCCGUGA